AUGGGGGCUUGUCAAUCUGGCCAAAGUAGCUAUGCAAGCCCACAUUCCAGAAGCAAGAGUGGUCGAUUGGUUGGGAGAAACCUCUCAGCAUUCGAGCGCUUGAGCUGGAAAGCAACUCCUUACGCGACCAUCGCGCACUGGUUCCAGGUCCAGGGCCCGGCAACAGCACAAGAUCUGGCUGAAGCCCUGAGCCUGGUCCAUGAUCACUUCGCAGCGCUUCAGGCCAUCAUCCAAAACAAGCGCUUCUUCCUGCGGCCAGACCUCAAGCCGGAGAUUGUGAUCGACGAGGAGGCAGAUGUGUCGCCUCAGUCCCUGGCAGCUCUGGGUGCCGAGGAGGCUUCGAAUGGCAUUGCUCCGACGUGGCAGGAGUGCGAGGGCCGGCUGCUGUGGCGAGCAAGGGUCUUGCGUGAGGGCUGGCUUCUGCUGACCUUCCACCACGCCAUCGUGGAUGAGCGGAGCAUUUGGAUGCUGAUGCGUGAGCUUGUCUCUAUUCUGUCUGGCCGCCAGCGCUCAUCUCCGAAAAUUGCCUUGGAUCUCCGUCUGUCGGAGCUUCUUGAUCAACCGUCUUCACGGUUCACUAGACUCAUGGAGCAACGGCAAGGCGGGCGCCUUCCGGGCAAGGCCGUAGGGCGGUUGGCAGAUCUGGUGCCACUGGGGUCUCCUCGGCGAAAGCUUAAGCCCAGGGAGGGCAAGGAGUGGCCAAAGCCAGAUGGCUUGGCGCCGUGGCAGUGUCGAAAGACACGCUCCCAGGUUGCCUCGGUCCCUAUUGCCGGGAAGCUCCGGGCCAUUUGCCGGGAGCGAAAGCUGACGGUCAACACCGCCUUGUUGGCCAGCCUGGCCAUAUCCCUGCGCAAGCAGAUGACCGGGGAUGGGAAGGUGGGCAUGCGCCCCAUCCUUGCCAUUGAUGCACGGAUGCACGUUCCUGAUGGCCACGAUUUGUUCGGCUCUUACUCACUGGGUGCUCGAUUUCGAAGCGGAUGGGGAACAUUGGACGUCGCCACAGACACGAACUUUUGGGAUUUGGCUGCAUGCGCCAAGAAUGCUGUCGAGGAUGCAGGGAAGAAGUUGGAAGCUCACAACAUUUCUUGGUACAUGCGUUUCCUAACUGCUGCCAUGGGAAAGAAAGAUGUCGCAUGGCUGCAGGGUGCCCUGGACCUUGACGGCCCAGAUCAGGGCCGGACGAAUGCUUUUCUUGUCAGCAAUGCUGGCAUCCUGCCCGAGUUAGACUCUGGUGACUUCAAGGUUGUACAGUCGCACUUCGUAUCGCAUCAGGCCGCUUGGGGGCCCUUCGUGUGGUUGAACGUUAUGACUCUGGAGGAGAACAUGUUCCUUACCCUCUGCUACGUUGACCCCCUCUUAUGUGAUGAGAAGGCAGCAGACCUCCUGGCGCUGAUCGCUUCAAGCCUGGAAGCAGCCUGUGCUCCCCUGGAUGCGAGCAAGAAGAUUUUGCAAAACACCUUGAGUGAUCUGCCCAUUCCGGAGGAAUACAAGGAAGUCUGCGCAUGA